AUGGCCAGCGAUGGCCCACCGUCCACGCUUGCAGGCGGCCCAGCUGACCUAGCACCACCACCGCCAGUCAUCCCAUUGCUCAGAGUCCUUCCCCACGUAGUCGCCGCGUACCCCGCGACCGCAGGACCGCUUCUCAUGUCUGGAAACUCGGACGUGUUCCACAAGACAUGCGAGGUCGUCUACCGCGAACUUGAAGUGGAGGUGGCCGUCGCCGGAACGCUCGGACAAGAGUCCCUCACAUCGGCGGCAAACGGACGUCUGUGCUGCCGAGGCAACUGCAUGAAGGCCCAGCUCCUCACUGUGCUCCGAAACCCCGCCUAUGCUGCGCAUGUCCGUGUGCUCCACUUCCGACACCCUUGCCCCUCGCACACGCCCUCCUCUGUCAACGACGUCACCCGGUCGUCGGACAGGGUGGAAGCUUGGGAGUUUGCAUCCAACCUCAUUGACCACCUGUCCGGUAUCGAAGAGCUGGUGUGGGACACCGGCUUCGGCGUGGGAGGACCUCUGUGGAAGUCCAUCGCCUCCCUGACAAACCUGCGUCGUCUGUCAAUCUGCUACCCGCCACCGCACCCAGCGCAUGUUGAGGCCCCACCAACGUACCCGCGCAUCACCAUGGACCCACAGCAGGCUGUGCCUCCCGGUUUCGACUUUGCACCAGAAUGUGAAGGACCCAAUGGUCGCGCCCGUGCUAUUGGCAUGUGGGGACUGGCCCUCGGUCCCGCCUGGGAAGACCUGGAGGAGCUUCGUCUCGAUGGCCUCAGUGGUCCAGGCGCAAGGUCACUGGGCACACAUCUUCAGAUCCUGGACUCGGUCGGUCCCCCAAAGCUCCACACACUCUCCCUGUCCACACACUUUCUGGAUCCGAGACUGUGCGAGGCAAUUGGCUCCUAUGGCUCCCUUCGUAGCCUGAAGCACCUCACACUUGCCACUUCUGGACUCAAGUUCAAUGCCGAUUGUCUCCGGACCAUCAUCGAAGAAUGCUCAGCUCUGGAGAGCCUGCGCUUGCAUGAUAUCGAAGGCCGACUUGGUCGUAACCCAUGGGCGCAGAUUGACAACUGGCCCGCCACGUUCCACAGCCUCGAGGUGGAAAUCUCGGAAGUUGGAUCCCACCACUCUUGGGUCUUGGAUCACCUUGCCUCUAUCCAUGAGGUGCCGUUUAGCCAACUGAAGAAGUUUAGCGUGCUCCGCCUGGUCCACCCGGUUGCCGCUCUCCCAUUCCCUCCCUCGACAGUCGUGGUGCCCAAGCAGCUGGCCACUCACCGCUUUACGCCACUGCCGUCCGAGCUCCUCGAGGCAAUCAAGGCAGAAGGGGAUGGACUUGAAGAGUUGUGUCUGGACUGGUGGGAGAUGACCACAACUGAUCUUGAAGAGAUCCUUGUGGCCUGUCCUCGUAUCCAAAAGCUCCAGAUUGCGAUCAAGGCAGCCGUUGUGGAAGUCGUCUCAAUGUCCACCGCGUUUGGGCACGUGCCCGACCUUGUCGAACUGUCCAUCACAAGUGACCCCAAGUACAGUUCCUACGCACCAAAGGCCAAGUCGAAGAAGAGCAAAAAGGACAAGGACGACCUCGACCUGCCUCCCUUCCUUGCCGAGCGCGUGGCAGAGGCCGAAGGUGACCCCACCUUGGUCGACCCGCGCGACUUUCGCAAAUUCUUACGCCGUCUUCCCAACUUCCGUGUCCUUCGCUGGCUGGGCCGUCUCGGCAAGGGCGAGUGGCGUGUCUCAGACUCCAAGAAGUCGAGUCUCACCCACAUCGACUUUAUCCACUCGGCCAUUCUCCACAAGCGCGUGUGGGAAGAAUGCCAGCUCCCGCCUCCGUCCUUCGAGUUUGACGACGAUGUCGCCACUACUCUGUCGCUCGAGCUGCCAGCCACGCCCGACCACCAGACGCCUACCGAGUUACCGACGCUGUCUCGCACAACGACCGGAAGCACCACUUCUCUCAUGACGGCCGCGACUCCACCACCUGCCCCGGGUAUGAUGCGUCGCUCGUCCGGUACCAAUGGCGCGGCGCACUCUCCUGUGCUUGGGAUCGAGUGGGAGUCGUUACCGGCGUCGCCGAACGCAACCACCACUGCGCCACCCGCUGCCACCUUUCCACGCAAGCCCAGUAACGGAGGUCAGACCUCUCCUCAGCGUCGCCGCUCCGAAGACAAGGACAAGAUUGAGAUCAAGACCCACGGACGUGGACGUAGGAGCUCAAACAACAAGUCUCCUCGUGCUGCCCUCAACGGCCUGCCCAAGACCACCACCGGCUUCCCCAAGGCCAACGGCGCUCUCCCAGUCAAGGAGCGUCACAUCCCCGGCGCGGCCAAGAAGCAGAGCCAGACCUCUGCAGCCGUACCAACACCUUCGUCCCCGACCAAGAAGGCUGCGCAGCCCAACGCCGAUGGCUGGACGACCGUCGGCGAGUGGACCAAGGUCACCAGGAAGUAG